AUGUACCCGGCCUCUUUUGCCAUUCGCAUGUUUUCGUUGUGUUUGCGCUGCCCUGGUUCGCAUUGUUUACGUUAUAAGACGUCAAAACUUCGAGCCCCAGCUCCCCUUAGUUUGACCUUAACACGCACAACGGCUUCACCGCACCGACCAGUUUCGUCACAGACCAACUGUUGUGGCUGCCAAAAGAAUUCCAAAAAGAUGUCGAUUCAAGCGAAAAUUGGACCCUCUAUUCUAAAUGCCGAUCUUGCCAAUUUGGCGGCGGAAUCACAGAAGCUUUUGGACAAUGGAGCGGACUAUUUGCAUCUGGAUGUGAUGGAUGGUAACUUUGUGCCUAAUCUAACAUUCGGUCAUCCCAUGGUCAAGUGUUUGCGCAACAAAAUCAAGGACGCCUUCUUUGAAACGCACAUGAUGGUGGAUAAUCCCGAACAGUGGAUUGCGCCAAUGGCAGAUGCGGGCGUCAAUCUCUAUACUUUUCACAUAGAGCCCGUCGAGGAUGUGGCCAAGGUCAGCCGAAAGAUACAAGAGGCAGGCAUGAAAGUUGGCUUGGCUCUUAAACCCGGCACCAAGGUGGAGGAAGUACAAAAGUAUAUCGAUAUUGCCGAUCUGGUGUUGGUCAUGACAGUAGAGCCUGGCUUUGGUGGCCAAUCAUUUAUGGCCGACAUGAUGCCCAAGGUGGAGUGGCUACGCAACAAUUACCCCAAUCUAGACAUCGAAGUGGACGGAGGCGUUGGACCCAAAACCAUUGACUGCUGUGCCAAGUCGGGGGCCAAUUGGAUUGUCUCCGGCACUGCGGUGGUCGGUGCCAGCGAUCAGCGUAAGGUCAUCAGCGAUAUGCGUGGCGUGGUGCAGAGCUAUAUAAAAUAGAACCAUGCAGUGCAUUUCCAAUGAAAUUAUCUUUAGCUAUUGUAAGUCCAAAGUUCUUGUCCUGCAUUUAGAACAACAAAAUUCCCUGUAUAAGACGAUAUUAAAAGACAACCGUUGUAUUAGAUUUCCAAUGAA